AUGGCGUACGAGCAGGCCGUGCAUGCUGGGACGCCGCCGCCCGUGCGUGGCAUUGAGCUCUCGCUCUCGGUGUCGCCGUCGUCGAGUACGGGCUCGGACAUGCCCGACUUUGUGGAUCUACAGGCCAGCGGUGUGUCGUCGCCGGCGCCGCUGGGCGAGCGCGUGCCGCUGGAAACCAACGCGAGUGCCCUGCCCGCCGACCUUCCGCACGAGAUUCUGCUGCAGAUCUUUGGAUACUGCGCGGGAGAGCAGCAGGACCUGCUCUCGUGCCUCCUGGUGUGCCGCCGGUGGUGCGCGUGUGGUGUGCAGCUGCUAUGGCUCCGCCCCUGCUUCCACCGGCUCUCCGCGCUGUUCAAGAUGAUCCAUGUGAUGAUCCAGCCGGAGGCAUCAUUCCCGUAUGCCCUAUAUAUCCGGCGCCUCAACUUCAGCCUGCUCGCCGGCGACCUCGACGACCAGCUGUUUGGGCGCAUGGCCGCGUGCCACCGCCUCGAGCGCCUCACGCUCUCGGGCUGCUGCCAGAUCACCGACGACACACUCACACGCGUGCUGCAGCACACGCCGCACCUCGUCGCCGUCGACUUGAGCGGCGUCGUACAGCUGACCGACCGCACCCUGCACCAGCUCGCGGCUACGUGCCCGAAGCUGCAGGGCGUCAACCUGAGCGGGUGCGAGCUGGUGACGAGCGACGGCGUGAUCGCCCUCGCGAACGCAUGCCACUCGCUGCGCCGCAUCAAGCUCGCGCACUGUGUGCGCCUCGAUGGACGGGCGCUGCCGGCCCUGCUCAAGGCGUGCCCCAUCCUCCUCGAAGUCGAUCUCGCGGGGUGCGCCCGCAUGAACGACACGACAGUGCGCGAGGUGUGGCUGCGCCCCUCGCUCCUGCGCGAGCUGCGCCUCGCGGGAUGCACGGCCCUCACGGACCGUGCGUUUCCCACGCCCACGGCGCUGGCGGAGGCGCCGCCGCCCGCGCCCGCUGCGUUUCCGAUCUGCGAGCACCUGCGCAUGCUGGACCUGUCGACCUGCUCCUUUAUCACGGACGAGACGGUGCGCGCCAUCGUUGCACAUGCGCCGCGCCUGCGAUACCUCACGCUGGCCAAGUGCGAGCGCCUGACAGACGAGUCGGUGUAUGCGAUUGCCGAGCUGGGACGGCAUUUGCAGCACCUGCACCUUGCACACUGUGCACACCUCACGGACCGCGCCAUGGUCCACCUCGCGCAGCACUGCACGCGCAUCCGGUACCUGGACCUGGCGUGCUGCGUGCAGCUCACCGACGAGAGUAUCGCGGCCAUCGCGACCCACCUGCCCAAGCUGCGGCGGAUCGGCCUCGUGCGCCUCGUGCGCCUGACGGACCGCGCGGUGUAUGCGCUCGUGGAGCGGCACACGAGCCUCGAGCGCAUACACCUCUCGUACUGCGAACAGAUCACGGUGCCUGCCAUCUUCUGGCUCAUGCUGCGCCUUCCGCGCCUCUCGCACCUGAGCCUUACGGGCGUGCCUGCCUUUCGGCGUCCGGACCUGCAGGGCAUGUGCCGGGCGCCGCCCAAGGAAUUCAACCAGCACCAGCGCCAGUCGUUUUGCGUGUACAGUGGCCGUGGCGUGCACGAACUGCGGCGCUUUCUGCAGCGGGCGUACGCGGACCCCGCCACGGCGAUGCAGUACGGCGCACUGCCCUCAGAUCGGCAGCGGAUCUUCUACGAGAGUCUCCACCGUUACCUGCAGCCGCGCGAGUAG